GAUGUGCGUGAGGAUGUGGAGUGAAGGGUUUUGGGAAGACUCGCAGUGCUUCAUGAGAAGUCCCUUCAUCUGCUACGAUGGGACAUCUGGCUCAAAUCAGCAUUUCAUUUUUGUCGGGCAGAUGUUGAGCUGGUCUGAAGCUCAGGGUUACUGCAGGAAGCACUACACAGACCUGGCCAGUGUCAGAGAUGAGGAAGAGAACCAGGAAAUACAACAGCUGGCUGAUAACAGGAGCGUCUGGAUUGGCCUGUAUAGGACCCUGGAAUGGUCCGAUAAAAGUGACUCCACCUAUCGCUACUGGAAGCACGGACAGCCUGAUAACUUCGGAGGGAAGCAGAACUGCACGGCAGCAGAUCUGGGCAACACAGGCCUGUGGUCGGAUGAAGAGUGCAGCAGAAAGCUUGCUUUCAUCUGUUAUGGGGAAAAAAAAGAAACGCCAGACAAACCAGUUUUGUCAACCGCUUCUACAGUGAUCCCCAACAAGUUAACUACCACUGAGAAAGACUCAACUACAACAAAGAUUACCUCAACAUCUGUGGGACCUCCAAUCCCAAAACAAGGUCCAGCAUCAUCCACUCCAGCAGGAGGAACUUCAAACAAGCCACAUUCAUCCACCACAUCAAUCAGUGAUCAUAUAGUGGUAACACCAGACAAAAACAUAAAAUCCACCACUGGUAAUUUCAAUACAGAGAUGACCUCCUUUGGGAAGCCUUCAACCACAGAGGUGUACCAAACUGAAGCAAUAACCACAGGUGGAGAUCAAAACCAACCGAUUUCGUUCACCUAUACUUCAUCAACCAUUGUGACUGCAAAUAAGAAAACCACCAAUGAUUUUCAAGCAACAAAUGACCCUGUCAGUGCUGAAAUAACUUCAUCUGAACUACCAUCCAUCACUAAGGGUUACUUAAAGAUACCUACUACCAAUGAAACUCCAGACAAGCCAGUCUACACAAUGACCACCGCCUCAACAAUGACGCCAGAUCCAACUACCACUUUGACAACUAAAUCAACCACUGGCUUUAUCAGUAAAGAGACUACUCAGUUCACACGGACAUCAACCAGACAUGUUGACCACUCAAGUGCCAUAACCAGUGAAACCCCAAAUCAGCCAUUUUCAUUAACCACAACCACAGGGGUUCACCAAACAAGACCAGUUACCAUGUCACCAGAAAUAAUGACCACCACAGGAACUGACUCAACCAUUGGUUAUGUCCCAAAAGAGACUACCCAAUCCAGACAGCGCUCAACUACACAUGUGGACCAAACAAGUGCCAUAUCUGGUGGAACUUCAAGUCGUCCAUUUCCAUCAACCACAUCAAGCACAGCGACCCAAAACAAAAGAACAACAAUGGAGACUAAAUCAAUCACUAGUCCUGUCACUACAGAAAUCCCCUUAUUAAGGCAUACUUCAACCAUAAAGCGAGACCAGACAACAACAAGAGAUAGAAUUUCAAACCAUCCACCUUUUACUUCAAGUACCACUGUGACACCAAAUCAGAGGACCACCAAUAACUUUCAAGCAACUACAGACCACAUCAGUACAGAAAUAAAAUCAUCUGAACAGCCGUCCACCACUGAGGUUCAAUUAAAAAGACCCACUGCCAAUGAAACCCCAGAAAGGCCACUCUACACAAUGAUCAACACCUCAACUGUGACACCAGAUCCAACUACCACUAUGACAUCUAAAUCAACCACGGGUUAUGCCAGCAAAGAAACUACCCAGUUUGACCAGCCCUCAACCACACAUGUGGACCAAACAAGAGCCAUCACCAGUGGAAUGCCAAACCUUCCAUUUUCACCCACCAGCACAACCACAGGAACCCAAAAUAGAAGAAUCACAACUGAGACUUUAUCCACUACUGGUCUGGUUACUACAGAGAUCCCAUCUUUGAGGCAUUCUUCAACCACAAAUGUGGACCUGAUCCCAACCACUAAUGGAAUUCCAAACAAACUGCCUUCAUCCACUUACACUUCACCUACCACUAUAACACCAGAUCAGAGAACCACCAAUGACUUUCGAGUAACUACAGGCCAAGUCAGUAUGGAAGUAACUUCUUCUGAACACUCAUCCACCACAUACAUUCCCUUUAAAAGACCCUCUACAAAUGAAACUCCAGACAAGCCAGUCAACAGAGUGACCACCACCUCAACUAUGACACCAGAUCCAACAACCACUUUGACAACUAAACCAGCAACUGUUUAUGCCAGCAAAGAGACUACCCAGUUUAAUCAGACAUCAACCACACAUGUGGACAAAGCCAGAGCCAUGACCAGAGCAUCAAUGAAUCAGCCAUUUUCAUCCCCCGCCACAACCACAGAGACCCAAUAUAAAAGAACCACAGCCCCGAAGAGUUUAUCAGCUUCUGGCAUUGCCACUACAGAGAUCCCCUCAUUAAGCCAGCCUUCAACAACAAUGGUGGACCAAACCACAGAGACGGAUGGAAAUCAGCUAUCUUUAUCCACCUAUACCACCACCACCACCAUUGUGACCCCAAAAAGGAGAACCACCAACGACAUUGAUGCAAUUACUGGCCUACCAGAGAUGGCAUCAUCUAAACCACCAUCCACCACAGGAGCUCAACAAACAAGACCUGUUACCAUGUCACCAGUUGUGACCACCACAGAAGCUACAUCAACCACAAGAUUGGUCAAUGAAGAGAAUAUCCGAAACAGACAGCCUUCAACCACACAUGUGGAUCAAACAAGAACCAUAACAAGUGGAACUCCAAGACUUCCUUUUACAUCCACCAGCACAACCACAGGGUCCCAAAACAGAGGAACCACAACUGAGACUAAAUCAACUGGUCUUGUUAUUACAGAGAUCUCCACAUUGAGGUAUACUUCAUCUAAAAUUGGGGGCCAGACCACAAGUACGACAGGUGGAAUUACAAGCCAUUCACCUUUGUCCACUUAUACUGCAACUACCACUGUGACUCAAAAUCAGAGAACUGCUGGCCAAUUCAGUACAGACUCAAAGUCAUCUAAACCACCAUCCACCACAGGGGUUCACUUAAGAAGACCAACUACCAAUGAAACUCCAGACAAGAAGGUCUACAUAAUGAUCACAACUUCAACUGUGACACCAGAUCCAACUACCACUUUGACAACUAUAUCAACCACGGGUUAUGCCAGCAAAGAGACUACCCAGUUUGACCAACCUUCAACCACACAUGUAGACCAAGAGAGCACCAUCACCAGUAAGGUUUGCAUUCAGUUAAAACGUCAUAGUCACAAUGGACCCACCUGAGUAUUUUGUCUCCAAUAAGCAGGUGGAACCCGAAACCUUGCAUUUUCUUCCACCACAACCACAGGGACUCAAAAUACACAAACCACAAGUGGGACAUCAACAACUGGUCUUGUCACUACAGAGGUCACCUCAUUGACACAUUCCUUAGCCAAAAAGGUGGACCAGACCACAGCAACUGAUGGGAAUUGGCUAGCUUUGUCUACUUAUACCACCAACACCAUUGUGACCUCAGAAAAGAUAACCAGUAAUGACAUUGGUUCAGCUA